AUGGGGGUGGCGAGCAUGGUGGUCGGAGGUUUGGAGCUCCAUUGCUUCUCUUUCCAGUCUCCUCUCUACAAGAGAAACAGAGAGGUUAGAGAUUUGGGGAAGGCACGGCUCGGUGGAAAUUCCCUCAGGAGUAUUGUUCAGCGGCUCUGCCAAACUUCGCAUUAUCUUCAGGGGAAUCUUCGUUGGGUUCAAGGGACGCCGGGAGUUGUUAUACUAAUGAUGUUAAUAAGAUUAAUGGUAUCAAUAAACACGAUUUAUUGGAUGAUGACGAGGAGGGGGACGUUUGCCGGAUUUGUUGGAACCUUGGCGACGGUGAUAAUCCCCUGCGAUACCCCUACGCUUGCAGUGGAAGCAUUGAGUUCGUUCACCAAGAUUGCCUUCUUCAAUGGCUCAAUCACAGCAAUGUGA